AUGACUGGUGAUCCCAAAGCCCAGCCGCCGGGCAAGAAGGCUGCAACCUCGUCCCCCGGCAACCCCCUGGACUUUUUCUUUCUCAUGUGGCUCUCGCCGCUCCUCAAGACCGGCUACAAGAAUCCCCUGGUUGAAGAAGAUCUCUAUGUGAUGAAGGCCAAGAGCACGGCCGAGUCUCUGACUCGGCAGAUCCAGCCCUUCAACGACCAGCUGGCCCGCUAUCUCCAGCAGAAGAAGGCUGCCAGUGGCGACGGAGGUGCCGACGCCAAGGGCGUUCGCCCACCCUCGCUGUUCCCGGUUUUCGUCCGGCUCUUUCUCGGUCGAUGGCUCGUCGGCUUCUUGAUGUGUGUCAUUUACAAAAUCGGCAUCGUCUGCACUCCGAUCCUUCUCCGCCAAGUGAUUCUGAGCAUCUCUGGCGAGCCCGCAAUCAUCGCCAAUCCCUAUGGCACCUCGGUUCUGCUCUUCCUCUGCGUCCUGCUCUCCGCCGUCAUCGGCGGUGCAGAGAGCCAGAUCAUGAUCAGUAUUGCCAUCGACAUACGCACGGCUGUGACCGGACUCAUCUUUGAAAAGUCCUUCAAGCUGUCUCCCAAGUCUUCCCUUCUCUUUCCAGAGGGCAAGCAACUCGCCUUUGUCAAUGUCGAUGCCCAGCAGAUGUACCAAGCAGUCAUGUCUCUCGACAGCGCCAUCACUGACAUCUUCCAGGUCGCUGUGAUCCUGUACCUGAUCUGGUCGCUGAUCGGUCCCUCAGUGUUUAUCUCCAUCGGUAUCGUCCUGGGAGGCUUCGUAUUCGCUGGCGUGUGUGCCGUGUUCAUAUCUCGGUCCCAACGAAACAUGCUGAAGCACAACGAUAGUCGUAUCCACCUCAUCCGCGAGGUGUUCCUGAAUGUUCGCAUGAUCAAGCUGCGCGGCUGGGAGAGUAUCUUUGAAGGCAAGAUCGAUGGCAUCCGGCAAAAUAUGCUCCGAGCGCUUGCCGGCUUUCUCGUUAGUCUUUUGGCCAUCAUCUCGGUCAUUAUUUCGGUUCCCAUGCUCCUUCCGGCGAUCAGUUUCAUUUUCUACUCUAGAUUUGGAAAUGUCCUGAGACCCGAGAACAUCUUCCCGGCCAUUGCCCUCUUUACCAUGAUUCUCCAGCCUCUCAAUGACCUUCCCCAGACUAUCGGCGCAAUUGUCCAGGCACAGGUCUCUUGGGCUCGUCUCUCUGCCUUCUUUGCGGCAGAGGAACUCAGCGACGCUGAAAUUGCCGCGAAGCGCGAGCAGCUCCCACUCGUCGAUGAUGAGUAUGCGGUGGUGAUCACCGACGCUACAUUCAAGCACGAGGAUCCCAUUCCGAGUGUGCCCAAACCGGAUCCCAAGGCAAAAAAAUCGAAAAAGGGCAAAUCCAAGCCAGGAAACGCCACGAACGAGGAUCCUGUGCCCGAAAACGUCGCGGACCAGUCCGAGUCCAAGGUUGCCACUGAGCCCAUUUCCGAUGAGCCUCUUGCUACCAAGCCCAUCUUCGAGGGCCUUAGUCUCAAGAUCAAGAAGGGCCAGCUGACUGCCGUCGUCGGUCGUGUGGGCUCGGGCAAGUCCUCGCUCCUGAGCGCUCUGAUGAACCAGAUUGCCAAGCUCGAAGGCACGGUCGCUGUCAAUGGCCAGAUUGCGUACUGCUCGCAGCAGCCUUGGAUCCGCACCGCCACGCUGAAGGACAACAUCCUAUUCGAAUCGACGGAGCAAGACGAUGAGCGUCUUGGCAAGGUGGUGGUUGCCUGUGGCCUCGAGAGAGAUCUCACGGAGCUGCCCAAUGGUAUCCUGACCGAAAUCGGCGAGAAGGGCGUCAACCUCUCUGGUGGCCAGAACGCCCGUGUGGCUUUAGCCCGUGCCGUCUACAGCAACGGAGACAUUUAUCUUCUCGAUGAUCCUCUGGCUGCCCUGGAUGCCCACGUUGGCAAGCAGGUCUUUGAAGAUUGCAUCUCGUCUCGCGGUAUCCUCGCCGACAAAACCCGAGUCUUGGUGACCCACCAGCUGCACCUGAUGCCCCACACGGACAACAUCAUCGUUCUGGAUGACGGCAAGGUCGUCGAGUCUGGCAGCUUCUCCGAUCUGAUGGCCUUCGAAGGUGGCUAUCUGUCCAAGCUGAUGGGCGACUAUCAGCACGACCCCGAAGCGUACAUGGCCUCUGUCAAGCCCAAGGAUAACAAGGACAAAAAGGGCGCCAAGAAGGACGACGAGAAGGGCGGCAUUAUUACCAGCGAAGAAAUCCAGAAGGGUGCAGUUCCUCUCAAAAUCUACUGGGACUACUUCAAGUAUGGCGGUGGCUUUGCGGUGUUCCUGCCAUACCUGCUGUUCAGUCUUAUGACAGGCGCUGCCAACAUCGGCGCUGGACUUUGGAUGAACUUCUGGACCUCUCCCACCAACCCCCUCAACCUCCGACAAGACCAGUAUCUGCUCGGCUACAUUGUACUGCAAGUUAUUUUGACCGUCACCUUGAUCAUAUCCAGUUCUAUUCUGGCAAUCAACUCCAGAAAGGUCCACAGGCUCCUCAUCUCCAAGUUGCUUAGCUUCCCUGUCGGCUUCUUUGACUCUCAGCCCCUCGGUCGAAUCCUCAACCGCCUGAGCAAGGAUAUUGAAUUUGCUGAUCAAUCCAUGUGGAACAUUGUCAUGAACGCCAUCAUCCUGUCGAUGCUGGUGCUCUCCGGUAUCAUUGUCAACAUCUAUGCCACUCCUUGGAUCGCUGCCUUCUAUGCUGUUCUCUCGGUGCUGGUGUGGUUCAUUUUCCUCUACUAUCGCGCCUCUGUUCGCCAACUCAAGCGCCUUGACUCGAACCUGAGGAGUCCGCUGUACGCCUUCAUUUCCGAGUCGUUCACUGGCUCGUCCACCAUCCGCGCCUUCCACGCCGAGCAGCGCGUCAUCAAGAAGCAGCAGGUGUUGAUCGACCAGUCCAACGCGCCUUUCUACCUGAACCAGCUCUGCGCCAUCUGGUUCCGUGUGCGAGUGUCGGCACUUUCCUCGUUGGUCAUCCUCGCGAUGGCGAUCCUGGCCAUCGCUACUGGCAUCUCGCCCUCUCUUGCCGCUCUGGGCCUGUCGUACGCCCUGGACAUUCCUUCGCAACUCAUUGGACUGGGUCAAAUCCUGUCUUUGGUGGAGCAAGGCAUGAACUCCAUGGAGAGAUUUGUGCAUUAUAUCGAGGAUCUCCCCACCGAGGCCCCGCGCAGACAAGAGCACUACGACCCCAAGACCAACUGGCCCACGAAUGGCGAGAUUGUCAUCAACAACCUGUCUGUGGCCUACCCAAGCCGACCCGACCACCUGGUUUUGACAGACAUCAGCCUGGCGAUCCGCCCUGGAGAGAAGCUUGGCGUUGUUGGCCGCACCGGCAGUGGCAAGAGCACUCUGAUUCAGGCACUGUUCCGCAUGGUCGAACCCGUCAAGGGCUCGAUUGUGAUCGACGGGCAUGACACCUCCAACCUGGGACUGCACACGCUCCGCCAGAACAUCCAGAUCAUUCCGCAGGAGCCUGUUCUCUUCACUGGCACCAUCCGCUCGAACUUGGAUAUCGAAGGCACCUAUAGCGACGCCGACAUCUGGGACGCACUUGAGGUUGUUGGCUUGAAGGACUUUGUCACCGACUUGCCUCUCAAGAUUGAGGCACCAGUUGCGGAUGGCGGAUCGAACCUCUCGGUGGGCCAGCGACAGCUAUUGUGUCUCGCCCGAGCCAUUAUCUGCAAGCCCAAGAUCCUCGUCCUGGAUGAAGCAUCCAGUGCCGUCGACGCCGAAGCCGAUGCCCGCAUCCAAAAGUCGAUCCAAGACAACUUCUCCAGCUCAACCGUCAUCAGCAUUGCCCACAGACUCAACACCAUCGCCAACUUUGACAGGAUCUUGGUUCUCAAUGCCGGCAAGGUUGCUGAGCUCGACACUCCUCACACUUUGCUUACUCGACCUGAGGGCGGCAUCUUUGCCGAACUUGCCGAGGCCACGGGCGCUGCAAACGCCGACCUCCUUCGCAGCAUCGCCGCCGACCACGCUGCGGCUCAGUCGUCCAGCAUCUAA